AUGAAUAACAUAAUCAAAUUGAAAAUCAAUCUAGAUUAAAAUGAUUAAAAGUAAAGCAUAUUGGAGAUCUUGGAGAAGCUUUAAGGAGAAAUCAUUUUAGAAUAUGAUGGUCAAAAAUAAAAUGCCUUGAUCCAAAAUCGAAAUUUGAUCGUUGAUCAAAAUGACAUCUUUCACUUGGAUUUUCAGAAUUAACUGUAGUAGGAUCCAUAAUGGCAAUAGUAAAAUUUCAAUUAAGCUAUUGGAAUAUCGAAAAAAUUGAAAUUUAUUGCUAUUCACAAUCUUAUGAAGAAUCAUUUCUAUUAAAAAGCUUAAUUGUCCUAAAUUAAAAUUUAUCCGGAUUGGACUUUAAGUGAAUAUAGAACCAAUUAAAAACUCAAUGCAAACUAAUAAAUCCUUUUAAAUCAUAUCAAUAUGUAAAUACAAAGCUCUGUAGUAUUUUCUGUAUUUUGCAAAAAUUAAAUAGAAAAAGCCUCUAAAAUUGGUUUUUUAUGGAAAUCUCUAGAUAAAUUGGCAAAGAUUUUUGAUACAAACCAAGAAAAUUUGCUUAUUGGGGAAAUUAAAGAACCUCAUGACUAGGUAAUAUGUUUAAAAAGAUUGGUAUUCAUUUUAAAUUUCAAUCAAAAUAUGCAGCAAUAAUAAUAAGAUCCUCUUAUUCUAUAGAAACAAGUCCUAUUAAAUGGUUUCAUCUAAGAUAAUUUUAAUAUUCACACUUUUGUAUUCUCUAUAAAAAAACCAAAAUGUACUAGAAUAGAAUUAAAAGAGAUAGUGUCAGAAAUUGUAAAAUAGCACAAAAACAUUAAUAUCAAGGUUGGAUAUAAUAGAUUUGAUAUUUCUAGUUUUUUAAAAUUAGCAUAUAUAGAAAUUGAGUAGUAUGAUGAUUAUUACAAUGUAGAUUAGUAAUUUUAGCAAGAAAUUUAAGAUAGAGCCUCUAAAAUAUUUAAAUUAAAUCUCUAGGAUAAAUUAAAUUUUGAAAACUAUAUUUGUAAGUUGCCAUUAAUCACUAAUUCCAAUAUUAAUUUUAAGCAUUGCAAAUAGGGAAUUAAAUUGAAUAACUCCAUCUAGUAGAUAAAAUAGUUUGUUGCCUAAGUUAAUAUACAUUUAAAAUAACUGAAAUCAUCAUCACUGUACCUUAAAGUGGAUUAAACACUCACUUAUUAUUUUGAUUAAAUUGGAAUUGAACAAAAAAAGCAGAUCUUAAAAAAACUAUUUAUGGAUGUUACUUAACAAUAAUACAUAUUGUCUAUCAAUGAUAUAAAAAUGUAAAAUAUUGAAGUUUUGGUUUAUUUUAAUCGAGUCCUAAAUAAUGAUAUAAUAACUUUGGAAUAAGUAUUAAACCAAACUUUGUCAAAACUUCAAGUUUAUAAUUUGUAGAUGAAUGAACUUAAUUAAUUAGAACUGACAAUUGAGUAAUUCUAACAAAAGUAUUUUGCUUUAGUGCAUGUUGAAAAUAACAAAAUAAUUUGUAUUAUACACUCAAAUCAUUUAAAUUAAAUGCUAAACUUAUUGGAUAGCAAGAAGUAAUUAUCUCUUUUAUCCUAUAAACCAAAAUCUAAAUUGUAUGCUUUAUAAAUCUGCCAGGAUUACAAAAAUAAGAUAGUUCAACAAUCAUAAGAAAUACUCUCAAUUAAGUUGUCAUAGAGUGGUGAAAUUAUUUAUUUAGAAUGUCCAACUAAAAAUAUGGCAGUUUUGGAGAUAUUUGCAAAAUAUGAAAAGAUUUUGGAUAAUUAAUUAUUAGAAAUACCCAUAGGAAUUAGCAAGAUGGAAGCAAAAUAUUUAUAUCGUAAUUGUCAAAAAGAGAUUCAAAUAGCAAGUGAUUAAUAGAUAUUUGAAUUGCUGUUCAAUUUUAAUGAGUAUUAGACACCCACAGAUUCAGGAGAUAUGAAAUAGUUUGAAAUAAAAAAACAAGAUUCUAAAAAUUAAUUCAUUAAAUUUUUAACAAAGGAGGUUAAUUUUGAGACCAAUUUAAUGUGCGAAGUCUUCAUAAAAUUCAAUAGUAAACUAAAUGUAGAUUAAAAAAUAAUAUUUUAAAAAGAGGAUAAGGUGCAUUCAAAUAUUAUAGGUAUUAGAGAAUAUUUUUAAUAUUGCCAAAAAUAAAAACUACCUUUUAAAUAAAUUGGAGUGUUGAUUGAAGAUGUAAAGGAUAUCUUCCCAAAAUUAUUACAAGUAUUUAUGUGUUCAGAUUAAACCAAAUUUUAAUAACUAACAAUUUUUAUUGAUAACCUCAAACUCAAACCACUUUAUGAAUAGGAAUUGAUUAAUUCUUUGGUUACUUCAAUGCGAGACACUUAUUAGGAUUUCUAAUGGCAAUGGUCAGACGGAAGAUAAUAUAAUGAUUAUGAUGAUGCCAUGAUUAACGAACAAAUUGAAGUUGCUUAUUAAAGUUAUAAGGCAGACAAUAAAAAAAAUGAACUCAUGUUAAAAUUCCCUUGCUCUUAUUAACCUGGGACUCAUACUAUUGAUAUAAAUAAAGGAACAAUCCUAGAUCAUGCCAGUGGCUAGGUUAAAAUACUCAAAUAAAAAGAUGGAUUAUAUUAAAUUGGAAAUGAAUAAGCUGAUGAUAUCCUGAGUUAAUAUAUCAAUGAAAGAAUUUAGAUGAAAAAAUACCAAUUCACAGUAUUUUUAAAAAAGUAUUUGAUUUUGUUCAAAUCUAAAGAUGAGAUGUAUUAAAUUAACUAAGACACAAAAUACAAAAGAAGAUUAAGAAGAGAAAUCAAAACUGACAAAUAUUUUUAAUUUAUACAUGAAUUCUUAAAAUAAAAAUAAACUGUAGAAACACUUCAAGAUACUCCCAACCCUAAUAAUCAGAUUUAUUGUAGAGCAAAAGCAUUUAUCAAUUAAGUCCAAGAUAUUGAAUAAGCUAAGUAGAACCAAAUUGAGAAAGUAAAGUAAGCCAUUUAGAACAUUAUAGAAAAGCAUCUAAUUACUUUUGAAAUCAUCUUACCUUCUACUAAUGACCAAAUAUACUUUAGUUUUUUGAAUUACCUGAACAAUAAUGCUCUAAAAAUCGAAGGGGAAUUCAACUAAAAUUAAUCAAUUUAAAUUAAAUCUUUUGAGAAGAGCCAAUAAUUAAUUUUGGAAGUUGUGGAGUUUCUACAAUAAAUCCCAUAAGAUUGGAAUCCUUCUAGCUAUUAAAGUUUAUAUUACUUUGACGAAUUACAACCAGAUCUAGAAGUGGUUAGAUAAGCUUUUCCAUUUUUGGAUAUUAAAACUAUAUAGUUGGUACAGAAUUAUGAUAUAUGGGCAAAAUAUCAAUCAACAAAAAGUAAAUUGAAAAACUAGAAUGAGGAAUUGAUGCUCUUUGGGUAUAAAAAGGAUUGUGCUCAAGAGGAGAUUGGAAGGGUUACUUUGUCGUUAUCUUUUGAUCAUCAUACAGGACCUUAUGUAAAAUGUGGCAAAACAGUGGCCUAUAUUAAAGAUAAUUAUUGCGAGUCUUAGAAAGGAGAAAAACAAAUAAUUGUGGUCUAGGUUUUACUAGGCUUAGUUUAAGAAUUGAAGUAAUAAUUUUUAAUAAGUGAUCAUUCUGAAAAUAAUUUCAGAGAAGGAGAUUAUUAUUACAUCAAGGGAAAUCGGAUUUAUCCAAAGUUUAUAAUAACUUUAAAAGAUCAAUGA